CAUUGCUGAAGCAAAGGAAAAAUUACAAGAAGAAGGUGGCAGUGAUGAAGAGGAGACAGGCGAUCCUUCAGAAGAUGGCAUGCAGGGUGCCUGUACCCAGGCCCGACCUCGGGAGCCCCUGGAGGACGGUGACCCAGAGGACGACAGGAUGCUGGAUGAUGAUGAGCUGGCCGAGUAUGAAUUAGAUAAAUAUAAUGAAGAAGGUGACCCAGAUACUGAAACUCUUGGUGAAUCUCUUUUGGGUCUUACAGUCUAUGGGAGUAAUGAUCAAGAUCCUUAUGUUACUCUGAAAGAUACGGAGCAGUAUGAACGUGAAGUUUUCUUGAUUAAGCCCAAUGACAUUCUCAUAGUUUGUGGCAGAGCUGAACAGGACCAAUGCAAUUUAGAGGUACAUGUUUAUAAUCAAGAAGAAGAUUCUCUUUAUGUCCACCAGGAUAUCCUGUUGUCUGCAUACCCUUUGAGUGUGGAAUGGCUGAAUUUUGAUCCUAGCCCAGAUGAUUCAACUGGAAAUUACAUUGCUGUGGGAAACAUGACCCCCGUUAUUGAAGUGUGGGAUUUUGAUAUAGUGGAAUCUUUAGAGCCAGUCUUUACACUUAGAAGUAAGCUAUCAAAAAAGAAGAAAAAGAAAGGAAAGAUGAAUUCCUCAGCAGAUGGGCAUACCGAUGCUGUCCUUGACCUUUCUUGGAAUAAGCUGAUCAGAAAUGUGCUGGCCAGUGCAUCAGCUGAUAACACUGUUAUUCUGUGGGAUACGUCCUUGGGGAAACCAGCAGCCAGCCUUGCCAUACAUACAGACAAGAUCCAGACUCUCCAGUUUCAUCCAUUUGAAGCACAGACUCUGAUUUCUGGAUCAUAUGAUAAGUCAGUGCCUUUGUAUGACUGCCGAAGUCCAGAGGAAAGCCAUCAAAUGUGGCGAUUCAGUGGGCAGAUGAGAGCGACUUGGAAUCACUUUUCACCUUGUCAUUUUUUGGCCAGUACAGAUGACGGUUUUGUAUAUAAUUUGGAUGCACGUUCAGAUAAGCCAAUUUUUACACUUAACGCACACAAUGAUGAAAUUUCUCGUCUUGAUCUAAGCAGUCAAAUCAAGGGCUGUCUUGUGACUGCAUCGGCAGACAAGUAUGUGAAGAUCUGUGUGAAGAAUCUAUCCAUUUUAUUGGAAUAUAGUUUUUCGUAG